AUGGUAUCAAUUAUUCAAACUAUCACAGGUGAAGAAGAUGUUCUCCUCAGAUGGGAUAAAUACUGGGCCAUGGACAUGGCAGGGGUAUGUGAGUACACCGGCACAAUCGACGCCGAAAGGUCGGCAAUUAACGAAUUCGUUUUUCAACGAGACCGUUGA